AGUUAAUCGCAACUAUAAAGAGUUCGGUUCACUCCUUAUUUUAUGUCCCCAAACUCUCUUCGUCGAACCCGAAAAAUCAGAAACCAAGCGACAGUUCCUAGACCAUCUGAAUUCACGACAUGGAAACUUUGACCCCAACGUCAGAAGAUCCGGAGAGUUCGGAAGAACGAUGGACAGCGAUCGACUUCCGCCGGGUCGGAGACGAACUCGGUCUCCAAUCAUCGAGAACGUCUGAGCGACUCAACCAAAUCGACCGUGUUCGCGCCAACGGAGUUGGCGAUCAUGUUGCACUGCCUCAGCUGGUGGUAUGCGGCGAUCAGUCCGCCGGCAAAAGCUCUGUGCUGGAAGGGAUUAGUGGAAUCCCUUUCCCCCGGCAGGAUGGUUUGUGUACUAGGUUCGCGACGGAAAUUGUCCUGAGACAUACUCCACAAGCGAAUCGUAUGACGGCCACAAUAAACCCUCAUUUGUCGCGAGAUGAUGAGGAGAGAAGGCGCUUGGCCUCCUUCCGAAUGGAAUUUCGUGACUUCGCUGAGCUUCCCGGAAUCAUCGAAGCUGCAGGUCAGUGCAUGGGCAUUCGUGUCUCCGAAGACCAGGCCGAUGCUCCCGCUUUCGCCGCCGAUGUCCUGCGAUUGGAGUUGGUUGGCAAUACCGGACUACAUUUGACGAUUGUUGAUCUGCCCGGAUUGAUUUCGGUUUCCGAGAAUGAGCGCGACGUGGAGCUUGUCAGUGAUCUAGUUGAUUCCUACCUCGAAAGCUCGCGGACAAUUGUGCUUGCGGUUGUUCCAGCAAGUAGCGAUGUUGAUACUCAAGGUAUUAUCCAACGAGCCCGUCGCUACGAUAAGGAUGGGGUACGAACGGUCGGUAUCAUCACAAAACCAGAUCUUAUCAAUACUGGAACUGAGCAACGGGUUGCACGCUUGGCGAAGAACUUGGAUCGUACGAAGCUCAAUUUGGGAUUCUUCUUGCUCAAAAAUCCGGCCCCUGCCGAGUUGCGGGCGGGCUUGUCUCCAACUGCUAGAAAGAGCGCAGAGCAGGCUUUCUUCUCCAGCGAACCAUGGAGUAGCCUGGGACUUGAUCCGUUACGCGUUGGGAUCGAGAACCUUCGAGUGUUUCUCCAAGACCUCCUGGAUAGUCACAUUGAACGUGAGCUUCCGAAAGUACGAGAGGAACUGCGUGAGCUUCUCGAGCGAAAUAGCCAGGAUAUUGCUGCCCUUGGAAUCGAACGAAAUAGUCCUGGUCAGAUACGGAUAUACCUGACGCAGGUUAGCGCCGACUUCCACAGCUUGGUGCGUGCUGGUAUCGAUGGCGACUAUGGUGGCCGAGACGCGAGAUUUUUCGACAUCCAAGGCAAGAAUUUUGCAAAUCGGCUGCGCGCUGUCGUCCACCUCGAGAAUGAGAAGUUUGCGAAUUACAUGAGAGAAUUUGGCCAGACACGAAAAAUUGUUUGUCGGGAAGACGAUCAAUCUUUGGAGCCAACUUCUUCUGACGACGAGAUGGAGUCAUCUCUUAACAAAGAGGGCCAGAUUCUCGUUGAUAAGGAGACAAUGGUUGCGUGGAUCAAGCAAGUAUAUCAUCGGACGCGUGGCAGGGAACUACCAGGAAAUUAUAACCACGCCCUGCUUGCAGAGCUUUUCCAUUCGCAAUCAGUGCGUUGGGGCAAGAUCGCUCGUGACCAUGUUGACGCCGUCGCGAAUUUGGUGUCCAGCUUCUUACAAGCCGCAUUGAAGUUCGUGAUCAAAGAUACCAAGGUUCGGCAAAAUGUCCAACACUGCGUUGAGAAGUCCAUUCAAACGAAUAUCAAACGCGCGACCAACGAGUUGAACGUGUUGCUCGAGGACGAAGCACGCCAACCUAUCACGUACAAUCAUUAUUUUACGGACAACAUCCAGAAGGCUCGACAUGACCAGUCAAAGCGCCAGAUCCAAGAUUCAAUGCACAAUGCUAUUGAAACAGACUGGAAAGGCAGGUUCCAUGUGAGCAAUUCGACCGAGGAAAUAGACAAGCUCGUCACUUCACUUCAGGAGCGGGUGGUUGUCGAUAUGACAAAGCAAGCUUGCUUCGAAGCGCAGAAUGAUUUGAAUGCAUACUACAAAGUUGCCAUGAAGACUUUCGUCGACAACGUUUGUAGACAGGUCAUCGAACGGCACAUCAUUGCGAAACUCCCGAGUGUUUUCGAACCCGUUCUUGUGAGCGGAUACGAGACCGACGAAUUGGUUCGGAUGGCUGGAGAAUCUAUGCAGAUCAGCCUUCGCCGGGACGAAGCACGUCGUUUUCAAGAAGUCCUAGAAAAUAGUCUCGAUGAUUUGAGUGUCUAGUUGGGUAGUCGCGGGCU